AUGGAAAUGGCUCUAGAUGAAAUUAAUAUUCGUGAUCAUGGCGAUGAAGUACUUGAUGAGAAUUAUAAGUCAAUUAAAGCUAGGUGCAAGUACUGUGCUAAAAUUGUUUCUGGCUUUCAUAGGCUUAAGCUCCACUUAGCAGGUAUUCGUGGAAAUGUAACUCCUUGCUCGGAGGUUCCUACACCUGUGAAAGAAGCAUUUAAUGCUGAGAUUCUUGCUAAGAAGAGUUUUCAAUCCUCACAAGAGAUUUCGAAAUCUAUAGGGAGAUUUUUUUAUGAAGCAGGAAUCGACUUUGAUGCUAUCAGAUCACCUAGCUUCCAAAAGAUGGUAAAAGCAACCCUUAGUCCUGGGCAGACAAUAAAAUUCCCUAGUUGUCAGGAGUUGAAAGGUUGGAUCCUUGAGGAUGCAGUGAAAGAGAUGCGGCAGUAUGUAACGGAAAUCAGAAAUUCAUGGGCAAGCACAGGAUGCAGCAUCUUGCUAGAUGGAUGGAUAGACUCAGACGAUAUAUCAUCUUUCAGUAGGAAUUUCGAUGCCAUGCUAUUAUUUCUCGAGGAGAUUCUGGAGGAAGUUGGAGUUGAAAAUGUCGUCCAAAUUGUUGCAUACACGACAUCUGAUUGGAUGAUGGAAGCAGGCAAGAAAUUGAUGGACAAAUGCAAGACAGUGUUUUGGAGCAUAGAUGCUUCGUAUUGUAUGGAACUGAUGUUACAGGAAGUAACAAAGAUAGGCUGGAUAGAAGAAGCGUUGAAGAAGACAAAAAUGUUGGUCCAAUUUAUCUACAGCCAUGCUACGGUCCUGAAGCUUCUAAGAGAUGCUUUCCCUGAGGUCGAGCUUGUAAAGUCUUCCAAAAUAAAGGCAAUUGUGCCUUUUUUGACUCUGGGAAACAUCAUCUCACAGAAAAACGGGUUAAUUAGGAUGUUUCAGUCGUCUACUUGGCAAACCUCACUCUUGGCUUCUACGAGUGAGGGGAAAGGAAUGUCCGAAAUGAUUAAAGAUGAAUCAUUUUGGACUGAGGCUUUGAUGGCUGUAAAAGCAACCAUUCCGCUUGUGGAAGUUAUAAAGUUUCUGAAUGGUACUAAUAAGGCACAAGUUGGUUUUAUACAUGAUACACUUGAUCAAGCUAAAGAAACCGUCAGAAAGGAGUUCGAACGCACGAGAUUCUGUCAUGCAAAAAUCUGGAAUGCGAUAGAUGACACAUGGAACAAAUAUCUGCACAGUCCUCUCCAUGACGCGGGUUACUAUUUGAACCCAACCUUUUUUCAUUCAAGUAAUUGGUGCCUUAAUGUGAAGAUUUCCGAUGGUCUUUGCUCUUGUAUUACUGGCAUGGCAGAAGAUCGUCGUAUAAAGGAUUUGAUCACACAGCAAAUUGGCACAUUUGAUUUUUUAAGUUCCAAAGAGAUUCUAUCAGAUAUUUCCCCAGGACAUUGGUGGUCAAAAUAUGAAGUUGAGUUUCCCGAACUUGAAAGGCUUGCUGUUCGGAUCCUUAGUCAGACGUGCAAUGGUGCUUCACAUUAUAGGCUGAAAAGGAGCUUGGCAUUUGAUCCCGAAGGAGAAAAUGAUAUUGCAGAGGAUGUUGUUGACUCCAUGGAUGAGUGGAUAGUCGGAAAAGGCGAAAAUUUGGUGUCUGAAAACACUCAACUUACAUGGAUGGACUUGGACUUGGAAUAG